AUGUUCCUUCUCCGCUUCCAUUUUACUCACACUCUUUCUCUCAACUUCUAUUUUCUAAUCACCUCUUCCAUUUUAUUGUCCCUCUUACUUUCCCGCUUCAAUAUUAUAUUCAUUCUUUCUUUUACGUUUACAUUAUAUUCUCCCCCUUGUUCAAUUUUAUUCUCCUUCUUUUCCUCAUCCUUAUUCUCCCCCAUUCUUUUCCUCUUUCAUUUUCUUUUCCUUUUAACCAUUGCCUCUAUCAUUUAUUCUCCAACUUUCAUCUCCCCGUCAAUUGUUUUCUCUUUCUAUAUCUUACUUUUCCACUACACUUUUAUUCCCGCUCUUUAUUUUCCUCUUCCAUUUUAUACUCUCUCUUUCAUUUACGCUUUCAGAUUACUCUCAUUCAUUAAUUUACUCUUCCAUUUUAUUCUCACUCUUACUAUUCCUCUUUCAUUUAUUCUCACUUUUUAUUCUAUCACUUUCCUUCCCUCUUGUAUUUUCUUCUACCUCUUACUUUUCCUCUUCCAUUUUAUUCUGCCUCUUCCUUUUCCUCUUCCGUUUCCCCCUCUUUCUUUUCCUUUUCAUUUUUAUUCCCCCUCUUUCUUUCCUACAUCCUCUUUAUUUGCCUGUGCCAUAUUAUUCUGUAUACUUUUUCCUAUUAAAUCUUUCUUUCUUUCAUUUCUUUUUCUAUUUUAUUCUCCCGCUUUUCUUUUCCCCUUCUAUUUACGUCUGCAUCAUUUUCCAUCUUCCAUUUUAUUUCACCUAUUACUUUUCCUCUCCCAUUUUAUUCUUUCGCUUUAUUUUUCUAUUCCUUUUUCUCCUCAUUCGUCUCCUCUUCCAUUUUUUCUCGUUUCUUUUUUCAAUUUCCAUCAUUUCCCUUUCUUCUUUUCUCUUCACAUUUUCUUCUGUUUCAUUUACAUCGCUUUUAUUUUUACUUUCAUUUUUUUUCUUUUCUGGCAUAUUAUUUUCUAA